AUGGCUUCACGUGAGGUUGUGGACUACAUGCGAGGAAACAAACUCAACGACAGGCUGCUGAAGAAGCUGAAGAUCACGCUGUUGUCUGUCAACGCUGUGAUCAACGACGCAGAGGAGAAACAAUUCAGGAGCCCUUUGGUGAAAGAGUGGCUCCACGAGCUCAAGGAUGCUGUGUAUGAUGCAGAGGAUCUGUGGGAUGAGAUUGCCACUCAAGCUUUGCAAUGCAGGCUGGAAGCCAAAUCGGGAAGCACAAUAAGCCAGGUACUGAAACAGCUAAGUAGUUUAAGGGUUUUAAACUUUGAACAGAUAAAACCCAAGCUAGAAGAGAUCCUUGACAGAUUAGAAUUUAUUGCAAAACAAAAAAAUGUCCUUGGCUUGAAAAAUAGUGCUGGAGAGAAACAGUCAUGGAAAAUACCAACAACUUCUCUGGUAGAGGAAUCUGAAGUGUAUGGUAGGGAUGAUGAUAGAGAGGACAUAAUCAACUUGUUGCUCUCGGAUGAUUCCAAUGGCAAUAAUAUAUGUGUGGUUCCAAUAGUGGGCAUGGCUGGGAUUGGCAAGACCACCCUUGCUCAAGUUGUAUACAAUGAUGAAAGAGUGAAGGAGCAUUUUGAGUUUGCAGCAUGGAUAUGUGUUUCUGAAGAAUUUGAUGUUUGUAGGCUAACAAGAACAGUCCUUGAGGCAGUGACUUCAAUUUCUUGUGAUAUCAAGGAUCUAAAUUUGCUUCAACUUAAACUAAAGGAGAACUUGACUGGGAAGAAAUUUCUGCUUGUUCUAGAUGAUGUUUGGAAUGAGAGUUAUACUAGGUGGGAGGCCUUGAGGAGACCCUUUAACUCGGGGGGACAAGGAAGUAAGAUCAUUGUGACAACACGCAAUGAAAAUGUUGCAUCUGUCAUGCGAACCGUUCCAAUUCAUUAUCUAAAGCAGUUGACAGAUGAAGAUUGCUGGCUAUUAUUUGCGAAACAUGCAUUUGAGAAUGGAAGCACUGAUGCACAUGCAAUCCUAGAAGGAAUUGGUAGAGAUAUAGUGAAGAAAUGUAAAGGCUUGCCAUUAGCUGCAAAGACACUUGGGUGUCUCUUGCGCUUUAAACAAGAUGCAGAGGAAUGGGAUAAGAUACUCAGAAGUGACAUAUGGGAGUUCUCGGAUGAUGAGAGCAACAUUCUUCCAGCCUUGAGAAUUAGCUACCAUUACCUCCCGUCACAUUUGAAGCGAUGCUUUGCGUAUUGUUCAAUAUUUCCUAAAGAUUAUGAAUUCAAAAAGGAGCAGUUAAUCCAACUAUGGAUGGCAGAAGAUCUUUUGCAGCACCCCAAAAAAAAUAAGAGAAUGGAGGAAGUAGGAGAUGAGUACUUUCAUGAGUUACUGUCAAGGUCAUUUUUUCAAAGAUCAGGUGGUGAAAAUUUGUGUUUUGUUAUGCAUGACCUUAUAAAUGAUUUGGCUAAAUUUGUAUCUGGGGAGCUUUGUUUUAGGUUGGAGGAUGCCAACUCACAAGAAAUUUCGGAAAAGACUCGGCAUUUGUCAUAUGUUAUGGCAUUAGAAGAUCUAUUUAAGAGAUUUGAGAUUUUCUAUAAAGCAAAAUGUCUACGCACCUUUCUGCCACUAUAUUUGCCAGAUGAAUUUUAUUGCUUGUCUAAUAAGGUACAACAUGAUCUGUUGAUUAAGCUAAAGUGCAUGAGGGUGUUAUCUUUGUCCAACUAUCAUAGCAUUAGCGAGUUGCCUGAUUCGAUUGGCGAACUAAUACAUCUACGAUAUUUGGACCUCUCUAGAACUUUGAUCAAAAGGUUGUCUGAAUCUGUGAGUACUUUGUAUAAUUUACAAACACUGAAGUUGGCAUAUUGUUAUCGUCUCCGGCAGUUGCCUAUGGGGAUGCACAAUCUGAUUAACUUGCGCCAUCUAGAUAUAAAUGGAACUUGUGUAGAAGAGAUGCCAACACAAAUGAGUAAACUAGAAAGUCUCCAAACGUUGAGUACUUUUAUUGUGGGAAAAGAGAAGGGGAUAAAGAUUGGAGAGCUGGGGAAACUUUCAAAUCUUCGAGGGACACUAUGCAUUAAGAAGUUGAAGAAUAUUGUGAGUGCUAAUGAUGCCUGUGAGGCCAAGUUGAAGGACAAGAAGUACCUUGAGGGGCUAGACUUGGAAUGGGGAUAUGGAAACACUGAUGAUUCAAAGCGUGAAAGAUAUGUGCUUGAGAAGCUUGUGCCUCAUACAAACUUGAAAAAGCUCCAGAUUCAUAACUAUGGGGGCACGAGAUUUCCAGAUUGGUUAGGAGAUCAUUCAUUUUGCAGUAUGGUAUCUGUAAGCCUAAAUAACUGUGGAAAUUGCUUUAUGUUGCCUCCCCUUGGGCAACUACCUUCCCUCAAGCAGCUUUCCAUUGAAGGGUUUGAUGGGGUAGUGACUGUGGGUCCUGAGUUUUAUGGGAACGGCUCUCAGCCGUUUCUGUCUCUGGAAAUAUUGAAGUUCAGUUGGAUGUCUGCAUGGGAAGAAUGGUGUUCAUUUGGAUUUGAAGACGAACUCAUAAGAGCUUUUCCUCGUCUCCAAGAGCUUCACAUAGAGUCUUGUCAAAGCCUGAUCGGGAGUUUUCCCAAAACCCUUCCUUCUUUGAGAAAACUUGUGAUUGAGUACUGUGAGCAGCUUGUUUCUCCACUCCCAAAAGCUCCAGCUAUCCGUGAAUUAGAGCUAGUUAAAUGUGAUAUGGUAGUGCUGCAAGAACUGCCAUGCACUCUGCACUCUCUGAAAAUGAAAGGAUGUCAGUUUGUUGUAGAGUCAUUGUUGAAGGAAAUUUCGACACAAAUCCAAGCUUGUCCUCGACGUUUGGAUAUCUCAGAUUGUUCUUCUUUGAUAUCAUUUCCUGGGGGGUGUCUACCAACUACAUUGAGCUUCCUAAGUAUCAAAAAUUGUGAGAAGUUAGAGUUUCCAGUGCAGCCAUACCAUGCUUCACUUGAACAUUUGUUGAUAGCAGAUAGCUGCGAGUCACUCAGGUCUUUUCCAUUGGAUUUCUUCCCCAAGCUCAAUAGCCUAACUAUUGGAAGGAGCAGAAGUCUCAGACUCCUUUCAGUCUCUGAGGGACCGCGCCAGGUGCUCACAUCUCUCACUUACUUGAAAAUUCAAGGGUGCUUGAAUUUCGUCUCUUUUCCCAGAGGAGGACUAUCUGCACCAAACCUGAGUGAUCUUUGGGUUGUGGGCUGUGAGAAUUUAAUAUCACUGCCUGAACAAAUGCAUGUCCUCCUCCCAUCCUUACGAGAAUUAAGAGUUUCUGGUUGUCCAAAACUAGAGUUGUUUCCUGAAGGGGGUUUGCCCUCAAGCUUGUCUUCACUUUACAUUGGAGAUUGCAACAAACUCAUUGCCCACCGGAUGAACUGGAAUUUGAAAAGUCUGCCUUUGUUUAGCUUUGGAAUCUCUGGUGAAUGUGAAAACAUGAAGCUCUUUCCGGAAGAGGAGCUGCUGCCCUCUACUCUUACAUAUCUGUCCAUCUUUGGACUUUCAAGUCUCGAAACCUUGGAUGGAAGGGGGCUUCAACACCUCACAUCUCUCAGAACAUUGAUCAUCAAUGGAUGCCCUGGGCUCCAGUCAAUGCCAGAAGAAGGGCUGCCAAUGUCUCUUGUCGAACUCAUCAUCCGGAGAUGUCCUUUGCUGAGAGAACGGUGCCGGAGGGAGAAAGGGGAAGAUUGGCCCAAGAUAGCUCACAUUUCUUGUAUAGAGAUUGAAGAUGACUCUACUUCAUGAUCUAUGUCUAUAAGAGUCUUUGUUGUUACACAUAUUCAACUUUCACUCAGGGUGGGACAAUAACAGAUUCAUGAGGAAUAGGAAGCUCUUAUGGAUCUUAUACCAGUGGCACAGAAAUUGAAUUAUGAGAGCUACAUAUUUAAGUUCAUCUGAGACAUCGGAAGUUGAGCACAUAACUUGACAUCUGCAUUACAAGGUUUUCA